AUGGAUACCACGACUACAUUGACCGUAGUUAGAAUCCUCGGUCCUGCCACCUCUCUCGCAACAGCCGGAGCGAUCCUCAGCAUCUCGUUCCUCUACACACCUUUGCUCUCUUCCUCCGCUCGCUCCCAGUCUUCCUCCAAACCAGCACCAUCCUCGACUCUCCCAGCUAUUCGCUUCAUUUUCUCUCGUGGCAGCCAUUUCUUCCCUCAAGCUGCUGUCUUUGCAGCCACGAAUUUUGGAUAUCUGGCAUAUCAUUGUGAUGGAGGUAUUGUGAGGAUUGUAGGAUUGGAGCUGCAGAAGAGGACGGGGUUGGUGAUGGCAGGAAUGUUGAGCAUGGCUAUUGGACCCAUCACGGGGGUCAUGUUGCCGGUGUGCAAUAAUGCUUUGAGAGAGAUGGGAGCGUUGGAAGCGAAGGGGAGAGGAGAAGAGGUUGAUGAGUUGAGACUGAAGGAAUUGGUCAAGCGGUUCGAAGUGUUAAACUAUGUUAGAGGGGCGGUCAUGCUUGCAGGAGGUGUCUUAGGAUUGGCUGUUGUUGCCGCCUGA